AAAUAAUUGUAUAGGAGAAUGGUAAGGUAACAAGUAGCUAGCCAAAUGUUAAAAGAAAAUGAAAAAGGUAUAACAACAUUACACCUCACAAGUUGAAUUUGCAUGGGCCCCGCAAGUAAAAUACUAAUCCGUGUAGUGGACAAAAGGGUUAUCUAAAUUUUAAAAUGUAGAGCAACUCAUAGGAUAAUCAAAAGAUUGCCGUAGAUUUCAAGUCUAGGAGUGUUUCCUUGGGCCUUAGAAGGAGGAAAGAAACUCAUAGGAGCUUCAAGGGAAAAAGGAAGAUGGGAAUUGGAUAUGUUUCAAGGAGCAUAUUCCUUUGUCUACUGCUUGUGAUGUGCUAUAAUGGGAACAAUAAGAUGAAUGCUACAAGACACCCACUGAAUGAGGAUAUCCCUAUGGAUACGAACGUUCUACGACUCCAUAGUAUGGAUGCUAAUGAAAAAUAUCAUAUGGCGCAUGGUCAUGCCUAUCCAUCAUCACACAUGGAUCACAUGGACCCUCAACUCAUGGUUUUCUUCUUUAUAGAAGACCUAAAGGUGGGAAAAGAAAUUCCAGUUUACUUCCCAAAGAGAGACCCCUCUACCUCUCCUCAUUUCCUACCCAGAGAGGAAUCCGAUUCCAUUCCUUUCUCACUAGAAUCACUCCCAAACCUUCUUCAAAUCUUUUCCUUCUCACAAGCCUCUCCACAAGCCAAAGCCAUGGAAGAUACACUUAGACAAUGUGAGAUGAAACCAAUAAAGGGAGAGUCCAAGUUAUGUGCCACAUCCUUGGAAUCGAUGCUUGAUUUUGUAAAUGAAAUAUUCGGAUUCAAUUCCCAAUUCCAAGUACUAUCCACUACCCACUUCACAGAAUCAACAACACUUUUGCAGAAUUACACUAUCUUGAAAAAACCCGAAGAAAUUUCAGCUCCAAAAAUGGUGGCAUGUCACACCAUGCCUUACCCCUAUGCAAUUUUCUACUGCCACUACCAAGAGAGUGAAAGCAAGGUGUUCAAGGUAUUGCUAGGUGGUGAUAAUGGAGACAGAGUGGAAGCUGUUGCGGUUUGCCACCUGGACACGUCUGAGUGGAGCCCAGAUCACGUGUCCUUUCGGGUGCUGGGGAUCGAGCCAGGGUCCAAACCAGUCUGUCAUUUCUUUCCAGCUGAUAAUCUCGUGUGGAUUGCAUCCUAGUUUGAUCGUAGUCUUAUUGUUGAGUGUGAUCAUUCAUUCUCUUUGUUCUAGCAUCUUACUAGUGCUUGUGUCCAUUGAAACAAAUAUCGUGUUAUGCUAAGUACUCUGUGAUCAAGAGUGUAAUAUAGUGAAAUAAUCCGGAUCAUUGGGUACGACAACAUAUGGCCUAUAGAAAUCAAUCUUUUCGUAUUUCCCUGAAGAAAUAGUUUCAUACCAAAAA